AUGGAACAACGAUCCGUUGUUAAAUUUUUUUUACAUCUUUUCGAUUCGAUUAAAUUUUCAAUGGAUGCUGAAGACGUUGGUCUCCUUACACAUGGUACCUUUUUCUCGCAGCAUAAUGUCAAAGGUCAAAACCUUAUUUCAUUAGCCGAAAAGGGAAAAGUAGGUACGGGUAGUUCUCCAUCGUCGAGUUGUAGUACGACAAGCGGGGAAGAAGAAGUACCGAAAGACAAAGCUCUUCGUCAUCGAGAUAGUAGAAGCAGCGGAGGAAGCAAUAAAUGUCGGAAAAUAGCACAAGAAGUUCCUGUAGAAGAAGAAAUAACUCCUUAUCAAAGUAUUUCUUUGUCAGAAUCAAACGUUUUGAAUGUAGAUGAAAACGUUAACGGAAAUAAUAAUAUUGAUGAAAUAUUCGAUGUUACUGAUCUUCAAAGUGAAUUUGAAGAUCAUGAAAACAUACCGAUAUCAACGUGUGGAUGUUUAGAAGUUGCCUUUGCAUACGAUGCUCCCAUGAGAAAAAUGACAAUUCAUGUAUUGCAAGCGAGAGAUAUUCCGAGCAAAGAUCGCGGAGGAGCAACGCACACUCAGGUUCGAUUAUUGAUGCUGCCAAGUAAAAAACAAAAGCACAAAUCUAAAAUUAGAAGUGGAGAAAAUCCACAAUUCAUGGAAAGUUUUUUAUUGCAUCGAAUUAAUCCAGAGGAUGUUAAUAGUAUGGGAGUGAGAUUUAGACUUUACGGUUGUGAAAGAAUGCGACGAGAAAGAAUGAUUGGUGAAUGCGUCGUGAGUUUUGCCACGAUGAAUUUAGAAUUAGAAACAAAUAUGUGGUUGGUACUCGAACCUAGAGCAAACAUAACGUUAAAUUCUUCGUCGCCUGAUUUAAAAAGUUUAACACGUAGCGACAGUACAAGUUCCUCACAUUCUAUGCAACACGGUGGAGUAUCUGAAUUAUUAAUUGGCCUUGCAUAUAAUGGAACAACAGGAAGACUUUCCGUCGAAAUAGUUAAAGGAAGUCAUUUUAGUCUUUGCGGUGCUUAUAGAAAUCCAACAAUGCCUAAAAUAUCUGAUACUUAUAUCAGGUUAAGUUUAAUCAGCAGCACGGGAAGAGAAAUAACACGGUGUAAAACAUCGAUAAGAAGAGGGCAACCCAAUCCACUAUUUAAAGAACUUUUUAUGUUUCAGGUUGCUUUAUUUCAAUUACCCGAUGUCACGCUCAUGAUAUCCGUGUACAUGAAAAGAAGCAUGAAAAGAAAAGAAAUGGUCGGUUGGUUUAGCAUGGGUCUUAAAAGUUCUGGAGAAGAAGAAUUGUCACACUGGAACGAUAUGAGAGAUGCUAAAGGAGAACAAAUUUGUCGUUGGCACGUUCUCAUCGAUUCAUAA